CACGUGGGAUUAAGGGCAUAUAAAUACAGAGACUGGGGUUUUGGCGCUAUUUGGCACUCACAAGACAUCCUAGGCAGCAGCAGUAUCUAUCUAUUCACUUCUUUGUUGUACUUCCAACUCACUCAUCUCAGCGUAUGGCUUCUGGGGAUCUGUGCAAAGACUCAAUGAAAGAUACUCCCACCGAUUGUGUGGUUCCUAUAACUCCCGAGGCUGUCACCGAGAAUGGGGAUUUGCAAUCUCAAUCCCCUCUCACACUCUCAGUGGUCAGGAAACAACUCAUACGUGCGUGCAUUGAUUGCGAUUCUGACCGUGCCUUGGUUGAUAAUAAUAAUAAUGACAUUGGUAUCCCCCGAACUCCUAAGGACGGUGUUUUUGACCCCUUUGCACCUGGUCCUGAUAACAUGGCGCGGGCACCUAACAGUAACAAGUAUCUUGACGAGUAUAGGACCACCGUUGCCCGGCGGCUUGAUUUCCAUCCCUCCUUUGAUGUUGUUGCUGAAGCAGAUUCUGAUACUCUUUCAGAUGAGAAAAUGGUUGAAUCAGUAUAUGAGAAUCUUUUGCAAGUUAUUGUUUCUAAGCAAGCUGAGGGUGCUCUUGCUCAAAUGUCCGACGAUUGUGAAACACCCCCAUCUGUACUCCGCUUCACUGGAAUUGCUGAUACUUGUCCUGGUGCACCUAUGAAACCAGCGGCUAAACCUAGGAACAUUGAUUUUGGGUUGUGCAAGAAGCUUGAAUUCUGACACAAACUCAACCCAAACAAACCCACCACCCUGCUUUAUACCUAGAUUACACAUCACAUUCAUUCACAACUGCAUUUUGUGCUGCUAAUUUGAUGUUGUAUCUCUAAUUUGUACAUUAGCUUGUUCAGGGAUUAUGUAUUUUUUGCAGGGCACAGUUGCAUCUGACCAAGCUGGUACAUCUAGCAGCUACAUUGUAUAGUAAAUUGUUGAUGUUAGUUUAUUUUACAAUGACUUUUCACCAGUUUUAACUCAAAUAGAUAAUGUUCUUUAUUUA